GAAAGGUAAGAUGAUUUUGACGGGCUAUAUGCAUUAAAUUUGUUUAUGUUAUUUAGAUAUUCAGCCAGAAGUGAUACAUGGGAAUUUGUGAGUCCAAUGAAUAUGCAACGAAUUGGUUUAGCUGUAACAACAAAUAACCGUCUUUUAUUUGCACUUGGUGGUUAUGACGGUAAAAAGCGACUAAAUGAUGUUGAAUCGUAUAAUCCUGACUUAAAUACAUGGACAAAAGAAGUGCCGAUGCUAACUAAUAGAAGUGGAGCAGCUGCUUGUUCAAUUGAACAUUUCAUUUAUGUUGUUGGUGGUUACACAAGCAAUGAAAAUGUAGCAACACAACUAGAUUCAGUUGAAUGUUUCAAUAUUUUAUCAAACCAAUGGACAUUUAUUCAAUCGUUACAUUGUCGACGAAGUGCACAUAGUUGUGUAGUAUUAGAUAGAAAAAUACUUGCUACGGGUGGUUACGAUGGUAACAAUUUUUUAUCUGUUGUUGAAAUCUAUGAUCCUGAUACAAACACAUGGGAAUUUAGUACAUCUUUGACAAGUGAAAGAAGUGGACAUGGAUCAGCAUUGACUGUCGAACCAACACUUGAUAGUUAA